AUGAAAGAAGGAAAACAAAACGUUGUAGUUAGCCAUGGUGAUUCUAAAAAUAACAAACGUCUCCGGGAAAAAAAAAGAAAUUCAGCGGACAACAAUGAUCAGCAUAAUGAGUUACUAAAAUAUAAGCAGAGCUUUUACAUAAUCAGGAAAACGAUCAACCUUAUAAAAAAUCACUACAGCAAUAAAAUAAACAAGUCGGACACCCUGCGGGAGAGGGAGCGGAAGCACCUGUCCCACCUGAAGCGGGAAAAUGUCAUUCUAGAAGAUAAGUGCACCUUUUACGCUGAACAUGUAGAGGAGCUAAAGAAGAUAUACACAGAGCAGAUAAAACUUAAGAAUAACAAAAUAGAAAAUCUGCAAGAUGAGUUGGACAAAAUGAGGCAAACCACGGAGGGUGAAGUCGAGUCCAACAGCACACGAAUACUUAAAUUGCGAGAGGACCAAAUAGAGAGACUGUCGCAGCAACUGGAGUCCAUCAACGGCUUGUACCACAAGCAAGUCGACAGUAACAAAAAAUUGAUGAAGGAGAUAGAAGAAGUUAACAAAAGCAUUUUGUACCUUAAUAAUAAAAUACAGGAAGAAAAAAACAACCGCGACAAUGUUAGGAGAAGGCUCAAAUAUUACAAACGAUACACGAAAAAUAAGAAACGAUUCAAGCUGAACUUUGACAUGAUGAUGGAUGAUGAAGAAAAUGGACGAGGGGAUAAUGAAGAGGAGGAUAUUUGUGUGUCUGUCUUAUGUCACUUAAAAACCGAACUAGACAUGAUAGACGAAGAGAAUAAAAAGAAAACUGACAAGAGAGGAGUCCAUGAUGGAGACAACAAUUGGAAUAAAAACAGAAACAAAUACACUGAAAAGGACAGGAUAAAAAUUCAGAGCAAUAAUUUUUUUCAAAAAAUUUUUGAAUCAAAUUAUAACAAAAAAAAAAAAAAAAAAAAAAACUACUCUAUUCGAUACAAUUUACAAAAAACAAUUUUUUUCCUUUUACGAAAAAGCCUUUACUGA